AUGGUCGCAGGCGUUCAGAUCCACACAAAGGUCGACAUUCCCAACCCUCAGUCUGACAUCCUCACCGAUGGUGCACUUGUCUUCCUCGCUGCACUCCAUAGGACGUUCGAGUCUACCAGACAUAGCCUCCUAGUUGCGCGUGAUGUUGCGCAGGGCAAGUUUGACUCAGGAGUGCCUCUUGACUUCCCUCCUGAAACAGCGCACAUCCGUGCUGAACCCUCAUGGCACUGCGCACCCCCUGCACCCGGUCUUGAAGACAGACGCGUUGAGAUUACCGGUCCUACUGACCGUAAGAUGGUAAUAAACGCUCUGAACUGUGGUGCGAAGACCUUUAUGGCAGAUUUCGAAGACUCCAGCGCCCCUACGUUCGCAAACAUGAUCAACGGUCAAGUCAACUUGCGCGACGCCAUAAGGCGUCAGAUCGACUUUGAAUCCUGGCCUAGGGGCUGGCACUUGGACGAGACGCGUAUUACCAUCGACAAUACCCCUCUCUCAGCUUCUCUCUUUGAUUUUGGACUCUACUUCUACCACAAUGCCAAGGAACUCAUCAAGCGCGGCUCAGGCCCCUACUUUUAUCUUCCAAAGAUGGAGCACUAUCUUGAAGCCCGUCUAUGGAACGACGUCUUCCUCUUCUCUCAGUCUUACGUUGGAAUACCUCACAACACAAUCAGGGCGACUGUCCUCAUCGAGACACUUCCAGCGGCGUUCCAAAUGGAAGAAAUUCUCUUCGAGCUCAGAAACCACUCUGCUGGAUUGAAUUGCGGAAGAUGGGACUAUAUUUUUAGCGCCAUCAAGAAGCGAAGGGCGGACAAAAGCGCCGUGUUACCAGAUAGGAAAGAUGUUACUAUGGCAGUACCAUUUAUGGAUUCGUAUGUACGCCUUUUAAUCCAAACUUGCCACAGGAGGAAGGUUGCUGCUAUGGGGGGCAUGUCUGCUCAAAUCCCUAUCAAGGAUAACCUUCAAGCCAACGAGUUGGCGAUGGAGAAGGUUCGAGCAGACAAGAUUCGUGAGGUCACUGCUGGCCAUGAUGGUACUUGGAUUGCGCAUCCCUUUAUGACCCAGAUUGCUCUCAAAGCGUUUGACGAAAAUAUGCUCGGUCCUAACCAGUACCACGUCAGACGUGAGGACGUGAAAGUGGCUGCAGCGGACUUGUUGAAUGCCAAAGUUCCCGGAAAGGUCACGGAGGACGGCAUCCGUUCAAAUGUCUCUGUGGCUCUGGCAUACUGCGGGGCCUGGAUCGGCGGCAACGGCUGCAUCCCUGUCAACUACUUGAUGGAGGACGCGGCUACGGCUGAGAUUGCGCGUGUACAGCUUUGGCAGUGGGUGAAAUACAGCACACGUAUCGACACUGGCGAACAGAUUACCGCGCAGUAUGUUGACCGUAUAAUCGCGGAGCAGGCGCCCGGUAUCAAGAAGAUCGCCCCGGGCGUCAAGGAAGGCCACUUGAAAAUUGCCAAGAAGUAUCUCACGGAGCAAAUCAGGCAACAAUGGCCAAGUGAAUUUUUGACGAGUGACUUGAUGCCAUACUUGACGAUGGCUGAUGGCGUCGAGGACAAGUGGUAUAGGAGCUCUUUGUAA